GUAUAUUCUCUGUUUCUUUAGAGAUUAUAAAAGAAAGAGUUAUUUACAAACGUUACAUCACCAAUUAAUAGGUAGACAUAUAUACAGAACGAUAUCUUUGUACCUAUGCAGAACAAGGAUAGUGUAUUUGCAACACAGGGCUUCUUGUUCACCCUGUGGUCUAUUUUUCAGUUAUUUCUUUCUUCAAUGCUGUCACUGGACUCGUUAAAUCAACAGAUCGAAGGGUUUCGUCUCCAGUCCCGUGGCUAUGCGAUUCCGCAAGGCAGAACAUGGGGCAGUGUUAACGCAGCGCCCCGUGGAAAUUUGCUCCGACGGUUCUUUUCAGGUCCACAGCAGCGGCCUCACCCCUCGUCGACCUCUGGCGGAGUGCCGGGGUCCAACAUUCACACGUUGCCACCGCCCUCCUGCUGUACCGGAUGCUGCCAAUAAGCUGCACAUGCGCCUUGGAAGGAGGGAUUCGCCCUAUUGGUUUGGCACUCAUGCAAGAUUAGCAAGAAGAAUGAUGAUCGAUAAAAGUAUACAUACGGUAAAUGUGUAACUUAGAUUCCUAACCCUAGAUUUAUCAACUUUCUUUUUCAGCGGUUCUAAUGGGUUAGGAACUAAAAGGAAGCUCAUUUUAGUAUCUGCAUAGAGAGAAAGGAAACAUCAAGUAUUGAUACUUAUAUUUAUUAUUGUAGCUAUAGUCGUAAAGAUUUGCGAUUCAUUUGAGAAGUUAGAUCUUCUGCUUCUCUGUGAUCACCUGGAAAGAAUAUUAUAUGUGAAGUAAUUCUUUUCGUUUUAUUGUGAUAUGCUGUUAUUUAUCAGUUCGCAUAUAUGCUUUUUUUGCCUUCAAAUUUGUUUAAAACUCAUGAAUAUUAUUCAACUGGGCUUAAGGAGAAAAAAAAUCACUUUGGAUUGAAAUCACUAUUCACUUCAAGUAGAAAGUGAGCUACGAUA